UGUGUCAGUUCUGUCUGAUCCAAGCAGUGCAUAAUGGUUAGCUUGUGGUAAAGAAAUGACUGCGUAUCACAGAUACCGAUCCGAUGACAACGGGAUUGCGCUUAGCGCUUUGAAUGGGAUAAAUCUACCACUGCGUGACCAGCGCUUGCCGGCUACCGGGUGAUCUGCUAACUCUGUAAUGAAGUGAUCGAGACAAGAGGAAGCGUAAAAGCAAUUAUAAACAAAUGAUGGAUUUAGUACAGCAGAUAGAUGUGUUUUCGGUGAUGAUCAGAUGGAUGAAACCGGAGGAGGCGGUCCGGACAGCCUCUAUCCUGGCAAACUACUCCACCAGGCCGCAUUGUGGGCUAACGCAGAACUGCUCGAGGACCUUUUACACGGCGAUGAAAUAAGAGAACUCAAUACACCGGAUAGUUCUGGAAGGACAGCGCUGUUCGAUGCGUGCACCAACGCUGAUCCAGCCUGUGCGCGAAUCUUGCUGCAAGCUGGCGGUAAUCCGAACGUUGCCGCCGGAGAAAAAGAGCGAGGCCGAACCCCGCUUCAUUUGGCGGCCGAGGCUAGUAACCUCGAGGUCGUGCAGCUUUUGAUGCAACAUGGGGCAGAUAUAAAUGCAAGAGACUGUGAUGGCUUUACUCCAUUUGACAUCGCUGAACGAGCCGGGCAUGUCGGGGUCAUGGAAGCGUUGAAGAAAGCUGGCGAGCAGCAACAGCAACAAAAGAUGGACUCCUUCGCCGAACUGUGGGAAGCCUGUCUUCAAGGUGAUGCGUCAAAACUUCGAGCGAUAUUGGUAUCGCUCGGAGAGGGCAACGCUCAGAGUGUGGUAAACAUCACCCUCGACGGUGGCAAUACACUGCUUUAUAAGGCUUCGGAAGAUGGUGAGGUGGAAUUGGUGAAAGCCCUAAUAGAAUUCGGAGCUGACGGACGGCUGCAUCCUUUGACAAGGCAUUCACCGUUAUACAUUGCCGCCUCAAGGGGAAAAAAGGAUGUCGUUGACAUUCUGCUUGAGCAAUUUCCCGAUUUAGCAAAACAGAUGACAGUUGAGAGAUGGCUAGCACUGCAUGCCGCAGCGCUGAACGGACACCAUAGCAUCGUCGAGCGCCUGUUAAAUCACCAAUAUCCAUCAUCGAUGAAGACGCCUUUUAGAGAUUCAUCAGGCCGUUGGGAAUUCACGAUGCCCUUCGACGUGAAUGCAAAAGACGUCGCCGAUCAAAGUGCCCUCUACGCCGCUUGCAGACAAGGAGAUCAACGUACUGUCGAGGUCCUUUUGAAGUGUAAAGUAUGGGCUCAUCGCGUGGUAUCUGAUUUAAGCGACACCUCAGUGCUUGAAGCAAGUCCGGUUCGCGGAGGGGCCGGGAGUGGAAAGCUGCGUUCGAUUAUGACCAGACUUACAAUGGAAAGCUCCGAUGAAGAAAUUCCGUCGGACUUUCAACAGCUGUGUCCUCUCCGUCUUAACGAUUUGAACCGUUCGGACUCUGGUAGAGAGGAAACAGCACUGCACGCUGCCGUACGAGGAAAGCAUCAUCAAAUAUGUUCGACCCUACUUCGUGCCGGCGCGGAUCCAAACAUUGUAUCAAAAGGUGAUGAGGAGCGUAGUCCAAUCGAAGAUGCCUGCAGGUUGAGAGAUAACCAGAUGAUGGAGCUUCUACUUCGACAUGGUGCCACCGAUUCCGAUUCGGGGGCGUUACGAGCAGCAGCUAUAGUCAACGAUGAUCGAGCGGUUGCCAAGCUUUUGUCGUUGAAAGCACAUAAAGAUAAUGAAAAUAAGAUUAAUCCUCGAUUUAUUCAGGUAAAUAAGAAAGCGCUCGAAGCAUUGUCGGAUUCUGCGUAUACAGCUGCUUUGCUCAUUCCAAAUACGCCAGUUAUGAUAAAUUGGCAUCGUUUGGGUUGCCAUUUUUCGCGGAUCAAUGAACAGUGGCUAAUCGAUGCCGGGGUGAUACUCAAUAUGAAGCUCAAACUGAGUCCGCAAUCGCGAGUUCCUGCUUUGGGAGCCAUUACGAGGCUCGAUGUGUCGGCGAAUGAGCUUAUUGAGCUUCCUGAGUGUGUAUUCUCGGUGAUGCCAUCCCUGAAAGUGCUCACAGCAUCACAGAACAAGAUCGCAGCACUGCCGGCAAGCUUCACUACAACGCACUGCAAUAUCGAAGAAAUACACCUUCAGGACAAUCGUAUUGAAGAGAUUCCGACAGUAUUCUUUCGACUUCUGCAGCUGCAGCUGAUGGACAUUUCAAACAAUAAGAUCCAGCAAGUCCCGUCCGAUAUGUGGCAUGCGCCACGGCUUAAAGAUCUCAAUUUGUCGAUGAAUCUACUCCGUGACUUACCUGGCGCAUCAGGGUAUCAACAGGAGCCGGUAAUGACGUUCGAAGAACAGGGUCUACAAAGUAAAAACGCAAAGAAAAAGGAUCCGUGCGAACCUCAGAUGCUGAAGCAUCACACCAGAUGGCGCGAGUCACUCCAGUUGGUCGAGAGUCAUCCGGAAGAGAGUAUUACAAACCGAGCUUUGCAAUCACUAAAUUUAUCGCACAACGCUUUUGAAUGGGUACCAGCUGUUUUGGCGUGCAAUGCGCCCCAAUUGGCUAGGCUGAGCUUGGCGUACAACAAGCUGAUCUAUGUUGGGCCGCUUAAUUGCUAUCCUGCCCAGAUUCGGCACCUUGACUUAAGCUGCAACCAAAUCGGCGAGUGGCUUAUUGCACCGGGUAGCCCGCAUGUCGAGCCUUGCUCGGUUGCAAACAAAGAAAACUCAGCGGCACCUGGUAACAAACAUCGCUGUAUUCACAGAGCACACAAUCGUUUAGAAUCGUUGCGGACCCUUCUAUUGGGCAACAACCGCUUGACCCAGGUCGUAAUAGCCUCGGUGGAGAAAGUCGACGAAAGGCUUCUAUUUCCAAAUUUGUCUAUGCUCGACAUGGCCAACAAUUCUGUCAGUUCAAUACCAGCUCAGAUUGCGGAACUGCAGGGCACUCUUUCUGUACUAAAUCUAAGCGGGAAUUCAGGUAUUGUGCAUCUUCCACCAGAAUUGGGUUUACUAAACAAGCUAUGGAACCUCAAUCUACGAGGCUGUAGUUUACAGGAGCCUCUUCGAACAAUGAUUGAAUCAAGAAAGUAUAAGACAAUGGACAUUGUUGGCUACUUAAAAUCCAUCCUAGAAGAUGCUCGACCUUAUGCCCGAAUGAAGCUAAUGGUUGUGGGCACGCACGGCAUUGGCAAGACAUCUUUACUCGAGGCUUUACGGGGUGAAGGUUCUGGAAAAACAAAGGCACCCGAGCACUGGGCGAAGCGGAUGGGCAAUAAAAAUAUGAAUUUAAAAAACGUAAAAGGCGUUUCGCUAUCCACGGUGGGUGUGGACGUUGGUGAUUGGGUGUUUGAGAAGAAACCAGGGCGCGGGCCUGUGCUUUUUCGAACCUGGGAUUUUGGCGGCCAGAGAGAGUACUAUUCCACACAUCAGUAUUUCCUUUCAAAGCGGUCAUUAUACCUCGUCGUUUGGUCGAUGUUAGAAGGUGAGCGGGGUGUGAGGAGUCUCCAUCAGUGGCUCGUUAAUAUUCAGGCGAGAGCGCCGAAUUCCCCAGUGAUUAUAGUAGCUACCCAUCAUGACCUUGUGCAAGAAAAAUAUCCAUCGACGUACAGUGAAGACCUGCAGCAGAUGGUGCGCGAUAGGUUUCUGCAGACUGUGGACGCUGAUAAGCGUGGUCUUCCACGAAUUCUGGACUCGAUUGAGGUGUCUUGCAAGACGAAACACAAUAUUCGUCGUUUAGCAGAACUCAUCUAUGACACAGCGUACGAUCUGCGUUGUACUGGUAGCAAGGAACGACUUUUAGAACAGAGAAUUCCAGCGAGCUAUUUAGCUUUAGAGGAUAUUGUCCACCAUCUUGCCGUUGAACGACGAACAAAAGGGAAAGACCCGGUGUUGAAGAGCGAAGAAUACGUGAAGAUUGUUGGUGAGGAGAUGAAAAAACGUUUUAACAUGGCAUUCCGUGAUAAGAGCGAGCUUAACCAGGCCACAAUGUUUCUUCACGAGAGCGGUGUGCUGUUGCAUUACGAGGAUGCCACUCUCCGCGACCUGUAUUUUAUUGAUCCCCAGUGGCUCUGUGAUAUGCUCGCCCACGUAGUGACGAUUCGCGAGGUAAAUCCGUUUGCUCGCCAGGGUAUCAUGCGCGUUGAAGACCUCAAGAUUGUGUUCAAGGCAUCAACGUGUGCGCCUGCCGACCCAGAAUCGUACAUUUUAAGUUUACUAAACAAAUUCGAAGUUGCUCUGACAUGGGACGGCCGCAACCUUCUCAUACCAUCUCUUUUACCUACAGAAGAUCAAAUGCGCGCCGGGGCAGACAUCAAGGUACCAGCGCGUUCCCGAACGUGGGUGCCCCGUGGGCCGAAAAAUAAUUCGAGCAAUGACCUCUCGCGUGCUGGUAGUGUAACGUCUGUGCAGUCUGAACCAAGCCAAGGAACUCCUUUACGUCGGACGCCUCAACCUGAUGCGAUCCAGGAUAUCGACAGAGAGAUUCGACGCGUCAUAGUUCUGUCGUAUUUACCGUCUGGGUUUUGGCCACGGUUAAUGACCCGUAUACUGGCGGACGACUUAAUUAUGGAAGCUUUGCGGUCAUACUACGUGACACCGCCAGAUUGUCCGCCGCUUCCUCCAGAAGUUCGGAGAUCGGCCGAGUGGAUUUGCUGGCAAAGUGGCCUAGAGUUGCACUAUGCAGGCGUUACAAUCUUGAGAAUCUCCGAGGUCCUUUCACAUUUACCGACGUACCCAGACUAUUUUGAUUCAAAGAUUUUGGUCAAGUGCGAGCAGCACUGGGAAACCAUUGACGUGAAUACGUAUACAAUUCUUGAUGUGAAGUUGCCACGAUAUUCAAUUAAGCUAGAAGUUCCAUUGGCUGUAGAGGUUACGGAAAAACAAAAACUAGAAGAAAGCAAGCUGCACGAAACACAUAUCCUCAGACCUAGCGAUGAGGCGGUGACCCAGCUACUAUCUUUAGCAGUCGAGCGAAUCGAUACGUUACUUGAAGAUUGGUAUCCGACACUCGGUACCCGGUUCGUACACACUUCGGAAGGACGUUUUCUUGUCACUCGACUCGUUCCCUGUAGCCAGUGUGUCCGUCAGGCCCAUGAAGUAGCGACCUGGCGGCCGUCGACAAGACAUCUACAGCCGCCUGUCAACAACCCCCCGCAUAACUACCAAAGCGAAAGUGGAGAUUCUGGUGUAUUUGGAAAUGGCUCAUCGGAUAGCCCCCGGCGACAUUCAGCCCCAGUACCGUUUGUCGAGGACGGAGAGCCUUCCGCCGGCGAAGAAGACGAAUCCAGACGUUGUGGGGGCGUCGAUAACGGUCCUAGUGAUCGCCCAACUCUACAUUGCUUCACUGUGGAGGAGUGUAUUCUUGCGGCCCACGAACACCAAGCAAUGAUUAGCUGCGAAGAACAUGGCACGAUUAUGCUCGCAGACAUCGCACCGGAUGCGGUAUUCAUUGAUAUGAGCGGACGUUACCUGAUAAACCCCGAUGACAUUAAACGGGGUAAGAUGCUUGGCAGAGGCGCGUUCGGGUUCGUGUUCCGAGCUUCCAUGCGAACAAAACUAGGCUACACCGAUGUUGCCCUCAAGAUGCUACAGCCUGUUGACCCUGGUUUCGGAGCGCGCCAUAGCGACAGUAUGGCUUAUAAGGCAGCUUCAUCAAAGUGGGUUCGAGAUCCUCUGCAGUAUGCUGCUAAAGCCUAUUAUACAGCUCGACAGGAACUGCUUGUUCUCCAGGCACUGACCCAUCCGUGCAUCGUUCCGCUAAUCGGUGUCUGUCCACGUCCACUUGCUCUUGUCCUAGCCUUGGCCCCUCGUGGAGCGCUUGACGCGAUUCUUCGCGAGUACCGUCGGUGCGGAGUACGGGUGGAAGCCUUCGCCCUAAGAACUACAGCGCUACAAGUAGCACGAGCCCUGGAGUACUUGCACCAGCAGAGAAUAAUUUACAGGGAUCUAAAGAGCGAAAAUGUACUUGUUUGGACGUUUCCAACUCCGACUCAGCUGGAGGGCCCCGUCCGGGUGAAGCUUGCUGACUAUGGAAUAUCGCGAGCCGCCCUUCCGACCGGAACAAAAGGGUUCGGGGGUACUGAAGGCUUUAUGGCACCGGAAAUUGUUCGCCACAAUGGCGAAGAAGAGUACACCGAAAGAGUCGAUUGCUUCUCAUUCGGGAUGUUUCUUUACGAACUUGUGGCUUUAAGGCCACCGUUUGAAGGCAGCGACUGCGUCAAGGAUCACAUCCUGGAUGGAGGACGACCAAUGUUAAGCCACCGGGAGGCGCUUUCUACCCCUGGGUACCAGUUGGACCUAAUGACGAGGUCGUGGGCACAGCUACCAGCUGAUCGACCUAGCGCGUCUCAGCUUGUCUCGAUUGUAACAGCGCCCGAGUUCGGACACUUCCUCGAUGCUGUAUCGCUUAAGCACGAUACGGUAUCCGCGUGCGCCGUAGACAAAAGCCUUUGGAUGGCGAGAGUGGACGGCAAGGCGCAGCUACUUACGAGCGAUGGAGGCACCUGGGCACAACUUAAGGUGAUUCCGAUUGAGGUUGAUUGUCAGAUAUCAUCGUUGUGCUACGAUGGCCUUUCCAACGUUUGGUUAGGUGACAAUCGCUCUCGAAUUCAUGUCGUUGAGGCCCACACAUACCAGCGCACCCGUGUCCUCGAGGUGGCCUGUGAUUCUGCGGUAGCACAGAUCUCGCUUCAUCAGAUCUCUCGAAAGGCGGAGAGGUCAAAAAAGGGGAACGAGCAUGUGAACGUGAUGCUUUCUGCCGUUGUCACCGAGAAGAGACAGGUGUGGUGGACGUGCAUUCGAUCGUGCGAAAUUCGCUCUCCGUAUAAAAAGCCCGCGUGUAUCGGGAUGAAGAUGGCCGCAAGCGACGAUGUCGAUGAUAACGAUGAAGAGAGCCAAGGCGAUGAAUGCCGGCUUGAAAGUAGUACAUACACGGGUGGACAAACAAACUUCACUUUUGACGAGAUUGAAAAACUUGGCCCAGUAUUGAACACCAAGUUUGUGGAAACAAGCGAUCCCGAUGUGAUUGACUUGUGGUGUGGCUGCGAAGGGGGCUCUGUUGCUGUUGUUCGAUUCCGCGAUCUUCGCCCAAUGCAACGAUGGUCAUUGUCGCACACGGUCACCGGCAGUGACGUGGCCGCCAUUGAAACAGCUCCGGGUUUGCCUGACGUGGUCUGGUCGUAUACGCGUCCUGGCAGCCUCAUCCACCAAUGGGAUUGCCGAACUCGUCAAAAAAGCCAUAAACUUGAUUGUUCCAAGUUGAUUCCGUGUUCCGAGAGCAUUGUCUCGAUUGGACUCGAGGAAGAUAUACGACCGUCGCACUGCCAAGUAACAGCAAUCGCGGUACAGUCGCACAGCAGCUCCCCAGGUGAUCCCCUGUUGUAUGCGGGCACAGCUUGGGGUGUGGUGGUUGUAGCUCGAGCUCGUGGACUUCGACCCAUCACCGCAUUUCGACCUUUCGAGCAGGAAGUGCGCGUGAUCUGUCCAUUCACCAACGGGACCAUGCUCGCCACACUUGGAACAGGAUACAGAAGCCUAAUUCAGCGAUACAUGUGCGCCGAAGAGAGACACUCGAUGAUAGAUGUGAAUUAUGUUCUUCUCUGGAAUGGAGUAAAAUGGGAAGAUACCACGGAGGACUAGUGCAUGGUCUCUAUCGCACGUUCAACGACAACACGUGUUCCCGCCAGGAUUUAGUUCAUAACGAAACGAUACAACUAUUUCACCAGCUCAACCGAGCAGUUUUCGGCGGGCGUACUUUGCUUCGUACGGAGAUUGAGGCUUCUGGGACAUUGACUUGGAAUGCUUUUGUGAAUAGAGCACGACCCACUUUCAUUGUCAAGCAAAUCCACGAACAUGUCAGCAAAAGGCAGUUGUUUAACCUCGCUGGUCCUGUUGCCAAUAUUUUUAUAUGUACCACCUAUUCAAUUACGUUUGUGGGUAAGCACAAAUACUUACUUGUAGGCAACACAAAAGCACUAACGAAGUAAACAAUCAAUUCCUAUACAUACAUAUAGGUAACGAUAUGUUUUUCAUAGAUAUUUCAUAGGUAUAGCUCUUGAACAUUUCUCGUAGUACACGUAUGUUAAUUUCCACAUGAAUCAGCUGAGACCUGCGGUUUCACUAAUCCUAUAAUGGAAACAGCUAACACUACUAUAACCAACAGGUUGACAGAAUUAUGCUAUCUCUAUGAGAAAAAGCUUGUAUCGCACAGAUUGAAGAAUUGUCAAUCGUGCAGAUUCAAUGAAAAGGAUACCGAAGACAGACUUGUCCGCUUUUGUAUCGAGUGAAAUGUUACUAUUAUUAUUACUAGAUAUGCCACUCAGGACCGCCUGCAUGGGCUCUUUUCCUUUAAAUACUACUAAGAAAUCUGCCCUUUGCAGAAAGCGGAAUAAGAAAGCAAACUUCUAUGCGGUGAGAAAACUUUAUUAACCUGAUUUGUGUAGAACAAUGGAUGCCUAUUGUCGCUCUUAAGAAUACUUUUUUUUACUUGACAAUUUCUCUUCUGCUAAGCAGAUGUAUUUCCUCAUCUUUGUGUUAGAAGAUGCUAAUGCCGUUGCAAUAUUGUUUCAUUGUUUUUUUGAUCGCCCCUCAACAGUUAAGUUGUCCAAAAGUAAAAAAUUUCCAGUGGAUAUUUACUUAAGGUUGAGUAAUUCGAUUGAACAUUUUCAGCGGCGAAACGAAAUAUUUAGAAGUGAUGAUGGUGAAUUGAGUUGAAAAUUUGGUGCUAUGAUGAAGAAAUUUGCUAACAGGCUGGCGAGUACCGUGACAAUUGGUAGGCUUUGAAACCAAAAUGUAAGAAUCAUUAUCGUAAAGAACAAUUCUCAUAUUUAUAUCACAAAAUAUUAUCUUUAUAAAACUAAAAUGCCACGUUUAUUAAUAACUGAAACAUUUUUUACCCAUUAUUCUAACUGUUUCCAAGCUGUUUCUAAUAACUGCUCGUUAUAGUAGGGCGAAACAUUGGACAGUAUACAUGCUUAUCGUAAGUGUUUACCGAAGAUGUCGCGCCAGCUUUAAGAUGACCGCCAACAUUUUUCGUCUGCUGCUGCUGCUGCUGCUUUACAAACAAAUUGUUUAGCAACGACGCAAUACAAGGGUCACUUUUGUAGUUAUUACAGAUGACUAGAAUACCGGUGAUGACUUGCACACACGCAGCUCGUGUAAUAGGAGCAAAUGGUAAAGGUGUGAUUGCUCAAUGUUCGAUAUUGACCCGCUGUUUGGCUUAACUCUAUUUAUUUAUUUCUUUCACAAAGAGGACUUUUGUUUAGUCGUUGGUUUCCUCGUGCAGAAGAGCCUGCCCAUUCGGUACGAUUUCCCUGAUCCUAGUUCUAAACUAUGACUACCUACUAUGAACAUUUUAUGUUCAACGGAAUGCAUUGUACGUUUAAUGAGAAAAUGAACGAUGAAAAACAAAGCAGAUUUUGUUCAGUAGUGUAAGUUGACAAUUAUGUAUUUUGCUGUGAUAUUAAAUGUUGUCAAAAGUGCAUAAUAAAUAUUCGAAUCUUCUCGGCAACAAUGAAGUUUCUUCCAAACCUAUUACAGUUAGCUCGUCGGAACUUAAAGAUGGCUCGUUUCACUAUUAAAUUAUAAUGGUUAACGAUUAAUGCAAUUUCGAUGUUGUUAUUAGGUUUAUGACCAUUUAUAUAAUGUGUAGCAUAAUGCAAGUGUAGUAAUAGUUGUAAAGAAAGCUUACAAACGGCCCUCGACGCAGCCAACUGGCUACUGAAGAUCAAGCGACGAUUCUGAUUAUGUGUGAGCCUUACGGCCAUACAUUUUUGUCAAUGAGACAAAAUUUUUACUCAUACUGUUCUAUUGCUCGUUGAGUUUUCAGAGGACCAAAUGAAAAAACAAUGCGGUCCGGCAUCAAGCAUUUCUAAUUUUUGCCGUUUUUAUGUUGAUAUACGAUGAUGCUAUUACAGUAGUGUAACAAUAUAGGAAGAAAAACUUUUGCACUCGGUCUGCAGUGGGAAGUCGGAAAAGUUCUUUUCCAGAUGAUAUGACAACUUUUACCUUCUUGCACACUGAAAGCUUACUAUCUAAAACGCUGUUACCGAUUAUUAGACCAAAUGAAACCGUUAAAUCUGAAAAUUACGAUAAAGACAUUUUCUGAAUUGUUUCGUAGAGGACGUUUACCAUUAGCGUUCCGUGAUGAAACUGUUUUGAAUGAAGGUUUUUUGAUUUAUCCAGAAAAGAGACUGUGGCACCUCGCAGCGGAAUCUGGAAGAACGUUUCGGAGAGCCAUACGAUGCUCCCGUCGCAAUAUCUCCGUUCUGAAGCUGCAAUGCACGCUGCCAAGCGUCAUCCUGCGAAUGUCCUGGAUUUGAUUUAUUUCGCGUUGUUGUGGGCGAUUUUAUUCUGGGAACAUUCGACGAUCUCAAGGUGGACCAGUUAAAUGGUAGCAUUCUGCCCGACAAACGAAAGAUCGGCGGAAAACCCGUUUACGUUCCGACUGCUUAUCAACCGGAUGUCUUCGGGAGGGGAUGGAGCAUCCUUGUCCGAGUUGGACACCCUAGUCUAAAGAAUUUUUUUAGUAACAAGGACAGAUCUCGAUUCUAAUGCAUAAUUAAUGCACAACUUAUGAUACGUGAUACAGGGUCAUCAUCUUUAGAUUGCGACCCACCUUUUUGCAUCACAUAAUCCAUUGAAUGGAAGGGCCGUGGGAAACGAUAAACAUCGACACCUAUGAUGGGCGUUAUUUACCUUCUUUCAUUGUUCAGCAAAAUGAUAGUAUUGUGUUUGGUUACAAGAAUUUAAACCGGCAACGAAAACACAAAGAUGGCAGAAAUUAUAGUCCGGCUUUCGUAUGGCCAGAUUUUGCGUAGCAAAGGGAGACUCUCAUAUAAGUUUAAGAAGCUUGAAAAUCUUGGAGAAGAGCUACAAUCAUAUCAGAUACAGGGCAUGACAGAUUGUACAGAAACAAAGGCACAAUGCACGUAAGUGUUGUCUUAUUUCAGGAUCUAUCUAUUAAAGGUAAGUAAGGUGGGCAUGUAGUACUUCAUCAU